CUUAACUCAUAAAAAGGGUGCCGGGCUCAGCUGCUUCAAAAGGGCAAGUGUGGUUGAGAGCUGAAUGAGUGUGUUUAUGCAUGAGCGUGUGCAGGAGAGAGAGGCUGACACAGACUGUGUGUGUGCGGUGCGCGUAACUGCCUGUUACACACACACCCGGGCGUUCAUAACUCAGCAGGCGAGGAAGGGGAGCCAGAAAGCUGCUGACAAACACAUUAUAAUGACACUUAGUGCUGUGGAUUUUAAAGCAUCUGGAUUAUUUAAUCACUGGAUUAUAAAGCAGAAGAAGAAACUCAAAGGUAGGAGGACUAAGUGGAGUUUUCAUUCUUGUUCAUGCACAUUUGUGUUGAAGUAAAUUCACCUUUAGUUCAUUUUUUCAUGCAAAAGUCAAAGAUUCGAACCCUGUUUUAAGAUAACUCAAACAUGAGGUGCACAGACGGGUUUAAUCACAGGAUCAGAGUGAAAAUUGCAAGUUCUCUGGCUGCACGUGUGCGCCCUAAACUCUUUAAGUUUUUAAGUAUUUGAAAAGCACAAGUCUGAUCCUAUUAUCUGUGUUCCCAAAGCUGAUCUCUGACCAGAAACAAACCAGUUAUUUGUCGUGUGGAGGGUUUUCUGUGUCUGACACAGCUUUUAUCUUUUAUAUUUAUGUUUUAUUUAACCAAAGUGUUUAAUGACUUACUAUUAAAAGCACAUUUGAGAUAGAAUUUACUGUUGAGUUCAUUAUAAUCUGUUUAUUCCACUAAGAACUGCAAAAGCUCAGUGUCUAUCAUGAGUUGUUUUGUGUGCUUGUGUUUAUUCUUUCGAGAGCAUUGAGUCAUGUUUAGGUGUCCAGUGCAAUUACCAACCGAGCUACCUGAACCCUAAAUAUUUGGGUUUUUCUGUCUUCUCGUUUGAUCAUCAGCCUGAGAGAGCUGGACAGGUUUCUUUGUACGUGAGCGUGUAACUGUUUAAACAGCUCGGGGAGGGCAGAGGACAGAAGAAGCCAAGGCUGUUUCACCCGCUUGACUUCACCUCGAUUAUUGAUCUGAUCAGCAGAGGCGGCUGACAGUUACAAUGGACGGUUUAAGGGUCACCAGAGAGGCAGGCUCAGAGAAAUGCAGAAAAUACGAAGAAUAUCUCAUAAUUGUCAAUUAAACGUGGGGAUUUUUCUGUGAUUUGAGGCUGUGAUUUGAUUUCCUGCCAGGUACAAAAUGUACUUCCCUGAGCUUAUUCAUCAAAAUACAAACACCUCUUGGCGCAGCAGUGAUGGAGGAUUGUGAUUGUGUUUUCAAGCAGAUCCAUUAUUUACCUGAUAUUUUGGCACCAGAAUAAAUAAAAUGUAAAUCUGAUCAGUUAAUUUUUUAAAUACGAUACUUAUAGAGGCAGAAGUGCUUUAGAAAAAACACAUAUUGGAGAAAAAAAGGUGAAGUACGGCUUUUACAGCAAGUUACUGUAAAUAAAACAUCAGCCUUAAUCUUUGCUUACUUUACCGUUCCAUCCUCAGACCUGCUGAAACAGUCAGAAAGUAAACAGGAUUUGCAAGAUGUCUGAUGUCAAUUUAGGCAACGCUUUAAAAGAGCUCAGGAAUGUGUUUUAAUACGUCUGCUCUUAUAAAUAUUAUGUCUGAUCUCUUCUUUCUGUGGCCAGAAGAAUUGGGGAUUAAACUGCGCAAGAUAUCAAUUAUUAAUCAGUAGACGCCCAACAAAAAGAGCUGGUAUAGAUCCUGCUCUGCAAAGACCAGACAUCAAAAUGGGAUCAAAUCAGAGCCACUCCCAUCGAGAGGACAAACAUCAUUUUAACAGGUAGGAACCUCGAGCAGAAACUGAUCCAUGUUAGACAGUCACCUGCUGCUACUGCACCGGGUUUAUAGAGAGGGGAUGAAAGGAAAAGCAGAUGGAUGACGAAACAAGUGCACUGUUUAGGAACAGCAUAAUAAUGUGUCCCAAUCCAGGGGCUGCAGCCUUCGGGUCCUUUAAAAGCUGCAGCACCUGGAUUGGGACAGAGUUUUAGUUUAUGUAAAGUGGACAAAUCCGAGCGCACCUAAUCCUAAAACCUGAGUUUGAGACUGUUGUCUUCAAAUAAUGAGCUAAAGGACCCAAGUCAACAGGAGCCGAGGGACCAAACAACAUCACUUCUCAUCGAAAUGUAAAAAGUUCAAUACCAUACUUAAUGUCUGCCAGACAUGCCAAAAGUGGUGUAAGCAAGAAAGCAGAUUUAGUGGCACAUAUAUCUGACUGUUAUCAGCAUAACUGUGGAAAGAGACGCCGUGCUUUCUCAGGAUGGCGCCCAGGGACAGUAAAUACACUAAAGGCCACUCACUAAAUACAGAGAUGAGUUUACUUGUUGUUCCAUUCUGUAAUAUGAUGCGGUGCAAUAUGACCAGAUACUAUUUUAAUCAUACUAUAGACUCUAUAGAGAAUGGACGCCGUCCGCCUCCUCGCUGGGUAAAGCCACCAUGAGAAUAGCACCCUCUGGUGACGGGCUGCAGUAUAGGUCAUAAAUCCCGCCUCCUCCAGCAAUCCCUAUGGAGCUGUGGACAAACUUUAUAAAUUAAUUACACAGAAUAUAAAUGUUUCUCCCCCCUGGUUGCGAUGUUGACGUGUAGUUAGUGUAAGACAGUUUUUUUUUCUGUACAGCUCCAUUUUUAAAAGUUAUUAGGGGGUUCAUGUUUUCUAUGAUUGACACUUGAUACAGCCUAUGGGUGUACAAAAAAAAUUCCGUAGCUCACCCGGGAGAGUCGCUGUUUGAGCUUAGCGUCAUUACAGCGACUCUUCCGCCAAAUGAGUACAAGCUACUGCGCAAGUGGUGGAGAAAAUCCCGAAAAUACAGAGAGCAAUUCGGCUUCAAAUUCGUGACGGGAGGCGGAGCCAAGUUGUCCAUAGUAUAUACAGUCUAUGAAUCCUCCCGAUGAGUAUUAUAAUCUAUUUCUACCAAGUAUGUUAAGCCACAUGCAGCUCUAACACACUGUCCUGAUAGAUGAUUAAUAUACAUAAUAAUGUACCGUUUGAUUUUGGCACCAGGAUAACUCAAUGAAUCGUACUCAUUGACAGUCACUCUACAUUAGCACUUAACAAGUAAAGGUACAUAAUUACUGCAGUCACUUCUGUAUGUGGUUCUUAUUUCAUGUCACACACACAUAGUAGUAAAGUCCUACCAUCUGAUUCUGCUGCUCUUCUGCCAGCACCCUGUACCACAUGGUGUUGUAACACGACCACAAACCCUUUCCAAGCAUCCACCUCACCUGCAGCCUUGGCUCAAGCUUGCAUGUGUGAUUAGAUAAGAGCCAAGUGGCCUAAUGUAAACUCUGCACCAACUGUAUCAAACAGAACAACCGCUAUGAAGACCAGCCAAUGAUCUUUAUGCAUGUAAUUCCCCAUUUUUAUGACUUUUUAUUCACAUGAAGAACAAGAGAACCCCACUAUGUAACUGUUAAUAGGAGUUAAUGGUGAACUUGGGUUCUGUGCGGUCACUAAAUACCGGGAAACAAAGUGGGUGAAAGGCUCAAAGGCACACAGAAAGCUGAACCUGAUGGACUGGUGAUAACACAAACACACUUCCUGCGUAAAAGACCAAACAUGAUCAUCUCCAGCAGGGAGGGAGCCUCAGCGAAUGGCCUUUUGUUGUAUGAAAAUACCACUCGAGUUUUAACGUAAUCUGAGAUGGUGACAUUGUUCGGCGAAGCUGCUGCCUCUGACGCUGAUAAAGGAUAUUCUGGCCUUUCCAUGCACUUGUGAUUGUUUGCAGUCUGACUAACAUUUUCAGAGGCAAAAGUUGAGAUGGAUGGAGAGUCAACAUCUACAACUGGACUGUAAACAGCUUUUAUAUGCCGACGACUACGCCCAAAGACUACGCAAUGUAGAACUGUCGUCAUGUGACAGCUAAAAAGGGCCCAGGAAUUAAUUUGAGCUUUUCAUUCCCCCUGUUUUACUUUGGACUGCUUGGGGCUGUUUUUCCAAAUUUACAAGCCACUAAGGACACGAGGCAAGGACAAUGUCCAGACUUUUCUCGAUUGCCUUAGGGAAGUUAAGUCAUGAAUAAGUGCGAACUUUCUAAAACUUAAAGACGGAAAUUAUCCUGUUCAGAGGAAACACCUCCACACCCUGCUCUGCUGAUAUCCUGAGCUCUCUGAGUUCCAACGUUCAGCCAACUGUUAGGAAUCUUGGCUUUAUUUUUGACAACCAGCUUAAAUUUGAUAAGCAGAUCAGUGCUGUUGUUAAAACAAGCUUUCUCCAGCUCCGUCUUUUAGCAAAGACUAAAUAUUAUUUCACAGAGGCUGAUCUUGAAAAAACUACCCAUGUUUUUAUCACACCAGGAAUGGUUCACUGGAACUUGUUGUAUGCAGGUUUGGACGAGUCUUCGAUCAACCGCCUUCAGUUCAUCCAAAAUGCUGCUGCUCGACUCCUCUCUGGUCAGAAAAAGCAAGACCACAUAACCCCAAUUUUAGUGACCAUUCGCUGGCUCCCAGUUCGCUUUUGCAUUGAUUUUAAAAUCCUUUAAAUCAUUUUUAAAGCACUCAAUGGUCCUCAAUGAGCCUUAAGGUCCUCUGACCAGUUGUUUUUGGACGUCCCCAAAACCUAGAGGUGACAGGGCUUUUUCAGCGACGCCCCUAGACUCUGGAACAGUCUACCUGGCCAUAUUAGAGCCUCACAGACUUUAGAGACUUUUAAAUUGUCCCUUUAAAAACCCACCUUUUCUCCCUUGCUUUUCAUCGGCACUAUAGUUUUUUAUCUACCUAUUUAUUUACUUCUUUAUUUAUUCUAUGUACAGCACUUUGAUUGACUGCUGUCAUCUUAACAGUGUUUUAUAAAUAAACUUGACUUGAUUACUCAUCUACAUGCCUUCAAAUACUUAAAAAUGAGUGGGUGACAUGCUCAGGAGCUACACGGCCAGCAGUACCCUUCAGAGACCAACAUUUUUGUCUCUUACUUGCCCAAAGUUUCUUGUUCAUAUGAAAUUCAACCUGUUUUGUUUGACCACUUGUAAAAGCUGUCCUAAUGCACACAGAUCAAUAUUUCGUACACUAUAAAAAAAAAAAAAGUGUUUUAUUUGUUUUCUUACUACAGAUCAUGGCAGACCCAAGUGCUGCCUCGGAACUGGUGAACCAAUCACAGCACAGCAACUCCUCCCUGCUCCAUGAUUGGCCGGGGAGAUCUGCGGAGUACAAUGAUGCAGAGCUGGUGCUGCUGGGUGUAGCGAUGGCUAUUCUGGUUCUGGCCAUAGUUUUUGGUAAGUUAUAAAACAUGAUAUUAUUUCAGAGUAUUUGACAAUUUGUAGGAUAAUUUCGUUCAAGAUAAAAAGACUCAUAUAUGAUUUUUUUUUGAGUGUUAAGCAUUGAAUGUAUAUAUAAUGGACUACAUCUUCUUAGGUUUCGUAAAAGUGAAGCCAAAAUUCCCUCAGUGAUGUGGGCUGACAUCCUGGUCAUUUGAAACCAGAGUCUGUGCAAUAAAAAAAAACAUUGAUGCCUCCUUCUGCUAAAUAAAACACAACCAUAGAAGAGCAAUGAUCCCUCACACCACAGCUAAACAACUACUUGUGUAGGGCUGGACGAUAAACUGAAAAUUUACAGAUACCGAAAUGUACGACAAUAACAUUAUUUUUCCAAUGCCAAUUUAAUCAGUGUCAAAUCAAUAAAUAAAAGUUGGUUUUGGAUGUGUGUAGGUAGGCUGUGGUCUAAGAAGUAAAGACAGGUGAGGAGUUCGGUUUAAGUUGUGGCGGCCAAAGUAGACAAAGGUAAUGUGGGAGGGGGUGAGCAGCUUGUGGAGUGGUUAUCGUCCAUUUAUUGUUACUGAGGUGAACUGUUCAAUAAAUUAUGAUGUUGAUCUGAGGCCAUAUCGCCCAGCCCUACUCUUGUGUCAGUCUGGAGGAGACACUCACUUUCAAAAAUUGAACAGCUAAGCGUGAUGAGAACUAAACAUGACAAAAACUAUGUCUUAGAAUCAUCUAUAAUACGUCUAUUUGGAUUUUUGAGUUUGACCUAUGACCUUUCUGUUGACAUGAAAAUGGCGGGCUGUAUGACCCACGCCUUAACCUGUCAGGAACAUAGACUGUAUAUAGAAUGGACGCUGUCUUCCUCCUGGCUGGGUGAAGCCACCACGAGAACAGCACCCUCUGGUGACGGGCUGCAGUAUAGGUCAUAAUUCCUGCCUUCUCCAGCAAUCCCUAUGGAGCUGUGGACAAACUUAAAGAAUUAAUUACACUGAAUAUAAAUGUUUCUCCCCCCGGUUGCAAUGUUGACAUGUAGUUACAGUCAGACUGGUUUGUGCUCAAGUCCUCUUUUUUCUGUACAGCUCCGUUUUUAAUAGUUAUUAUGGGGUUCAUGUUUUCUAUGAUUGACACUUUAUACAGUCUAUAAGCGUACAAAGAUUACGUAGCUCACCCAGGGGGAUACACUGUUUGAGCCGAGCGUCAUCACAGCGACUCUUCUGCCAAAUGCGUGCAAGGCUACUGCGCAAUUGGUUAAAUGCGUACAAUGCUACUGCGCAAUGUUGGUUUCAUGAAGUGGAGAAGACACCCGGAAAUACAGAGAGCUUUUCGGCUUCAAAUCCGUAUACUGGCGCAAGGCGGAACCAAGUUGUUUUUAAUAUAUACAGUCUAUGGUCUGGAACCUCUGAAAACUGCGGCCUCACUUUUGGGGAGCUGUCAUGUCUUUCUUUUUUUUUUUUACAGUCUAUAAUCUGAGGUUUUCAUUAAAAUCAAGUUUUCUUGGUUUUCAGGUAACGUGCUGGUGAUCACGGCUCUCCUGCGGUUCAAGCGGCUCCAGACAGUCACCAACCUCUUCAUUGCCUCUCUUGCUCUUGCUGACCUCAUCAUGGGUUUGGUCGUGGUCCCAUUUGGCUCCAGUUACAUCCUUCUGGGAGCCUGGCAGUUUGGAAACUUCAUGUGUGAGUUUUGGACAGCUACUGACGUGCUGUGUGUAACAGCCAGCAUUGAAACCCUGUGUGUGAUUGCUCUGGACCGGUACCUUGCCAUCACGUCGCCACUACGUUACCCAACGAUACUCACCAGGUAUGGCCAAGAAAGACAGUCUGGUCCAGCUAUGUGGGGGGAUACUGUGCCUGCACCACUCUGUACUCUCAUUUUUCCAGCCUGGUCUUCAUCAGGACCCUCUGCCAUUUAGUGAUGUCAGUGCAGGUUUCAGUCCUCUGUGAAGUGUGCAAUCUGUUGUGACAUUGCUGAGAUCCAGAGGUGCAACAUGUUUGGAAAUCUUGAAACGGUACAGAAGUAGAGCAGUUACUCUCAUCAGUCUCCUGUGUCUGGGCUUGUUUAUUUUAUAUUCCUCUUGCUCUUCUGGAACAAUGGCGGUAUUUAUUUUUUUGCAAUUUGUACAGGAGUGGUUCCAGUAGCAGACUUUUUACUAAUAAACAGACUACUUAGAGGGGAAAAUUAAGGGGCUUUUUAUGCACCAGUCUUUGUGGGCGCUGCUUUAAAAGUGAAAUCAGGUGUACAAAGAGAGAGUGGUGCUUUCAGAUCUAUCAGAUUUACUCAACACGUCUUUCUAUCCAGUAUCAGCUUGAGGAAAAUCUAAUGAGGGCAUUCACACCAAGCGUGAGCGAAAUCAUCUACUCACUUUAUUUGCGCGGUUCUAGACGCGUGAAUGAAUAGUAUUUACUCACUUCAUUCACGUCAACGAUAAUUUCAACGGAAAUCCCUGCCAAUUCAACCUGCGGGAUCAAGUGACAGACAAAGGUUUUUUACAGUUUACCAGGUAAUCCGACCUCCUCACUCACUCACUUGCCUCCAGGCGAGUUCCUUUUUAUUCCGGUUUCGGUAAUUGAAAGAAAAGGUAUCAUAUAAUUUGGAGCACCCACACAACGACACGAUCAGUUUGUCCUCCAUUUUAGUUACUAGCAACAACCGUCCGUUUUUAUACGUCACCCGGCAACCUUCGUACUGAUUGGUUCUUGUGAUGCGAAUAUCCGCUCAAGUUGAGACAUUUUUAGCUUCCGCCCAAUUCGCGUCAUUCGCGCCUUUGCAUUGACUUAACAUGUAAUUCAUUCGCGCAAUGAUUUUACUCGUGCUUGGUGUGUGGAGGCAGUAAGAGUUGCACCCUCCGAAAAAAAUGGACUGGUAUCAAUUGGCCUAUCAAUAGGCUUCAUUAGCACCAAUACAAGACAAUGCCAUAUGGGGUUUAAUACUUCCCUUUUGGACAUUUUUUAAGGUGCACACUGGCAGGAAUUUUUGAGGGUUACAAUGUGUGAAAUAAGUCCUGAUUAUAGAUGCUGAAAAAAAAAGAUGAUUUGAUGGUAAAUAAAGGAUUUGGGGAUUGUAUUUGUUCUGUGGUAGAGCCACCCAAGUCAAAAAAAUCUGUAAACUAUGGUUGGGCGAUAUGGCCUCAAAUCAAUAUCACGAUAUAUUAAGUAGUUCACCUCGAUAACGAUAAAUGAACUAUAAUAAACCAACUUUUACUUAUUUAUGUGUUUAUUUGACAUCAAAUAUACCAAUAUGGGCAAAAUGAUGUCGGUUAUUGUCAUCAAUUUCGGUAUCGGUAAAUUUUAGGUUUAUCACCCAGCCCUACUGUAAAUGCUCCUCAGUCUUACUUAAGGGUUGCAUGAUGUUUUCAGAGCGCCUUUACAUUUCUGAGUUUUCUGUAUUUUCAUACAUCAAUUUCUUUGUCUAAUGCCAUUCUCCAGGGGCCGGGCCUUCGCUGUGGUCUUUGGGGUCUGGGUAGUGGCCUCCCUCAUCUCCUUCCUGCCCAUCCACCUAAAACUUUGGGUGUCUAAUGAUGAUAAAGCUCGCCAGUGCUUGGAUGACGAGUUCUGCUGUGAUUUCAACACCAACAUGGCAUACGCGGUGUCCUCCUCCAUCGUGUCCUUCUACCUACCGCUGGUGGUGAUGAUCUUCCUGUACAGCCGUGUCUUUCAGGAGGCCCAGAAACAGCUGGGGAAGAUCAGAGGGAGAGAGCGGCACUUCAAUCACUUGCAUUACAACACACAUCUGACUUAUCUUGAUGAUAAGACUGCGAUGAGUAAACUCAAAGUGGGAGCUGAGGAAGGGGAGGAAGCUGGGGAGGAUAGUUUCAACAUGGAGAAACCGGGAGGUAUGGACGUUCAAAAGGGAAAGGUUGAAGGAAAACACUCUGCCACCAAACGAGUGAAGUUCUGUCUUAAAGAGCACAAGGCCGUGAAAACUUUAGGGAUCAUCAUGGGAACCUUCACACUGUGCUGGUUACCUUUCUUUAUACUCAACAUCCUCAUGACUUUCCUCGAACUUGGUGAUAUCAAACUCCUCUUCAGACUCCUCAACUGGCUGGGAUACUCCAACUCAGCCUUCAACCCGCUCAUCUACUGCCGCAGCCCUGACUUUAGGCACGCCUUUCAGGAGAUACUCUGUCUGAGGGGCAAAGGGAGGAGAGUGUGGGGAUGGUGCAAGGAGAGGGACUGCUACUCCAAGCCCCCGGGGAGGAUAAACGGUAACUCAGUGCUGAAUGGUGAUGUUCAGAAGAAGUCCGUGUGGAAAGGCAGUUUGGAGAACUCGAUUUCAGACUGCAAGACGCUCACUGUGGUUUCUCUGUCCACUAACUGUGAGCAGGUUUUGGAAGUUGCUCCUGGUUCCUUGACAAGCUGGCAAAGUAAUGGUUCUGCAAAUGAGACCUGUCAGGAAAAUCUUGCCUCUAAUGCCUGA